UCCUCCUCCUGAACUGGAGCUGGGCUGUCCUCCUCCUCCUCCUCCUCCUCCUCCUCCUCCUGGUGUACAGGCGCGUGAAGCUGCAUUUCUGACAUUUCUCUGUCAAACUGCGGGCGGCUCCGUGCUGGACUCCCUCUGAGAAGAAAACUCUUCAGAGAAUUCCGGCUGCUUCUUUCUGCUCCUCCCACCCAAACCGCCAAAAUCUAACCAUCCCCCGAUGGAGCGCGUUCAGCACAUGACCAAGUCGGCCAUCCGGCGGGCGUCCCAGAUUGAGGUGAACCCCCAGGCCAAGAGGAACCUGCAGGAGCUGUUUGUGAACUUCACACUCAUCCUCAUCUGCCUGCUCCUCAUCUACAUCAUCGUUCUGCUGAGCAGCUGAGGCAUGCCGCCCCCACGCCACGCUCAAGGUCGCAGGAGGAGCUCCAGCCAGCAGCAGCUGUCCCCACAGGACUGACCCGCCAGGGUCAUGUGAUCAGAUGUUCAACCCCCCCUGCUUACACCUGACCUGAUCCUGCAGAUGUUUCAUGAUCCUCCUGAUCAUUCAAGUACACAAACAAAUCUCUAAUGGACUCCAUUUCCCAUGAGCCUCGCUGCUCGCUGUUACCUUCCUGAUGUGAUUCUGAAAUACUUCCUGACAGGUUUAGAAAUGUCAAUAAUUAAAACAUGUUUUUGAAUGACUGGCGCCUCCUAGUGGCUGAACCCCCACAGUGCAUGACACUCGAAGCCUGAUUUCUGGAUUCAGUUUUGACGCAAAAAUGAGAUUUUCCUUUUUAUGCUUGUAACUUUUGUGAUAAAUGAAAGGAGGACGGUUUUAUCACCAUGUUUGUCAGCAUGUCUGCAGGAAAUAAGAGGCAGCAGAAACAUAAUCAGUUUGUAGUGAUGUGUAAACAGAAAUGUUUGUGUUUGUAUCCUUAAUAAUGAACACACAAUUAAAGACGUUCAACAUCUAUA